GUAAACCUUACAAACACUGCGCACACGAGUUUAGCAAAGUGGAGAUUACAAGGAGACAUUGAAGGCAGCACCAGUCUUUUCAUUGUAUUCACUGGGAGAAAUGACUUGUGUGUUUUCUGUGCUGAUGUAGUUCGCCGUAGAUUCAACUUUAAUACUGCUGUGCGGUGCUGUGCUAAAAUGGCGGCAUUCUGCAGGCAGUAGCACUAAAAGCUGCGGAAGAGCAGAUUUCUAGCUGCUCAACAACAUCCAGAAGACACCAAAUGCUACCGAGCUACACAGUUAGCAUCUUAGCUGUUCGUCUACUUGAAGACAUCACUGAGUGCUGCUAACGGGGUGUUCAGUUUGUGCCACAGUGACUGACGAAAUGACCUCAGCUUCAACUAAAGUUGGGGAGAUCUUCUCUGCUGCUGGAGCUGCCUUCACCAAACUAGGAGAACUCACCAUGCAGCUUCACCCAGUAGCAGAUUCCAUUCCUGCAGGCUGUCAGACAAAGAGCACAGUAAAGAGGAAACUCUAUGAAGAUGGACCACUUCCAGCCUCCUCUGACGGCCCCAAGAAGGUCGUCAAAAAAGCCACCGCGGCUGUUGCCAGGACAACACAGGGGACUCCAGGUGGCGUCACUGCUCAGGCUGUGGCGUCAGGACUGCAGGGGCCCCAGUCGGGCCAACUCCCCAUAAAGAAACAGAAAACUGCAGAUGUGACCCUCAGUGCUCUGAAUGACUCAGAUGUCAACAGUGAUCUAGUGGACAUCGAGGGACUGGAUGAAGGAUCCAACUCCAAAAAGCUCAACAACUUUGAUCAAGAUACAUUGAACCUGGACUCCAGCCUCAUCAUGAACCCUAGUGACCUUCCUCUGCUCUCUCGCUGACCUUUCACUUUCUGCGGAUUUCAUAGAAAUGAUGGACAAACUAUGAAAAAAGAUGUGAAAAACUGGAAAUAUCUUGUGAGUCAGAUGACGCUGGACACCCAUGCAAGAGGCACUGAAGAUGAUGUGGGGUCAUGCAGAACUCCACUAACGCUUGUUAGCCCUAAUGUGUUUGUUAUUUUUUUAAUACAAGACAUUUUUUAGGAUGUUUUGUCUCCUCAUUGACUUUUGCUUCGUCGGGGCCUCCAGAAAUAUUUACAAGACAGACUUUAUGCAGAGACAAAGUUGUACUCAGAUUUAUACUUGGAGUGUAUCUUUCAAGAGAAGCCAUCGACAAGAUGACACACUGUUUUGCAAAGGGACUUGAAAGCAAAUUGACAGAAGAUAUCUGUCUCAGUAAUGUAAACAAGACUAUUUUAUUCAAUUCUGGUUCAGUUUAGAUUUAGCAGAUUUCAACAUAAGUUUGAACAGUUGUUAGUGUGUUGAGUACAGUAGACAUUUUGAAGAAAUGCAUGAUUGCUUCCUGUUCGUUUUCAGUAUGAAGUGUCUACAUUCAUCCUUCCAGCAACAGGGUUACAAGAAGAGAUGACAGAUUAAAUUGUACACUUUCCUCAAAAGGUAAACGUAAUGAGCCAUUGCUUGUUGUUUUUAAGGCCCGUGUCACGAGAAAACAACAUAAUUGUCUCACUUUAUUGAGAUAAACCAUGCUUGGAUAAAGUCGCAGAAACAUUUGAGUCAACAGAAAGGCAGUAAAGAAAAAAACUACUUAAUGAUCACUUACUAAGAGGGUGCUUUACAAGGUUCUCAGCCUCAGACUUUCAGUGUUGGGGCAUAACUUUAAAUUACUGUAUCACUUUCCACAAAAAAAACAAAGGAAAGGGAGAGGAAAGCUUGAAGCUGGUGUGCUGUGGCUGCAGGACAGUGUGCAUCCAAACAGCAUGGUGGCAGAAGCAGCUAAAUAUGGCUUUGAAGUCUUACCCCAUGCACCACACUUAACCAAAUUGAAACCACAUUUACGAGUGGUGAUGAAGUCAUCCGUGCUGUUUACGAGCACAUGGAGCCUUAAGAUGUAACUUUCUUCUGCAAUGGGAUGGCAACGCUUGAACACUGGUGGACUGAAGGCACAGAAGUUAAAGGAGACUAUGCUGAAGCUACUAACUGAAUGGGUUUGAAAAUUUAAGGUUUCAUUUUUUAUUAUUAAUUUAGUGUAAUGACAGGAAUUAGAGGAAAGCGCUCUGUCUAAACAACUUUUAACUUUGUUCAUUUGUUCCUUUUUGGACAUUAACAUAAAAGGUUGUGUGGUUUCAAUAGGAAGUGUGUGUUGGAACUACCUGUUGCAGAAAUGCAUUGUUAUAUUGUCUUGAAAGUUGUUUUAUGUGACAGUGAGUCAUUAAAAAUACUCACUUGUCAGCACCUGUUCUGUGUGUCUGUCACAUCACUGCAACACUGUAACCUUGCAAGCGGCAAAAACUCUUCUUCACCUUUAACAGCCUUUGGAGCGGUGAGAUUUCUGAGGUAAAGACCAUCAUUUUUCCUGUUGGGCAGCUUUUUAAUGGUUUUAAUGUUCAUGUCCUGCAAGCAAAUAUAACUGAUCUGUCUUACAUCAGCUUAUUCAAUUGUAAACUAAAUAAAUGGAACUCAUUCAUCAAGCUGGCUGUAUGGUAAGAACAUUUGUAGAGGCAUAAUGUUAACUUCAUGCAGUGUUUACAUUACUCCGUCUGCUGAAGCUAUUUACCCAAUGACAGACAUUCACAAAAUAUACAGCCAAACUGAAUGACAUCAGUCUGUUUUGGAAUACCCAGGAAAAUUCAUCCAUAUAGCUUCAAUAUUUCAUAAAGAGGCAGUGAACCGGGAAACCCUUUUUCCACAAAUAAUUGGGCAGGAACUACUUUAAAACAGGAUUACAGGUGGUCGUAGCUCAAGGUAGAUGCUGCAGAAGUUUGUAAAGCACGUGUUCCCACUAACUUUUUCAAAAAAAGGGUUCAAAGGAAAGUCUAAACUGUAAGCAUACUGUGCAGUGAGUUUUGUACAAAAUGAUAGGAGCUUAAUCAGGGCAAACAGUAACUUAAUGAUGACAGAGUUAACUUGUGACAGUAUUUGAUUAGGACUCAAACAGUCUGAAGUUUGUUGUUGAGAGAUGACGUCGUUUCACAUUACUGAACUGCAAGUACAUGCAGAUAUUAACUUUCCCAAAUUCGGCUGUUAUCAUCGAUAAUUUAAAAAAAACAAUUAACUACCUGAUAUUUUUCUCUCUGUUAAUGAUCUGAGUAUGUAGUAACAAAUUAGGUCAUAAAUUGUGAGCAACAUAAUUAAAUUUGUAUGUAUGUGUGUACUUGCACAGACCUUUGUUACAUGGUUAUAUUGUGCUAGUAUAUUUUGUAUUCUGACUUUGGGUGGCUCUUUUUUCACCAGUGUUUUACUGGUUUUAAGCAAUCCAGAUGUAACUGACUAACUUCUUCAUACUCUGCUCAUUAUUGUGUGGUUGUGUAUUGGUUUCAUCUCUCCAAAGAAUGUUGUUCCUGACCUGGGCAGGAUUUUUUUUAGAUGUUAGUUUAUUUAUUGUUCUAGCACAGUUUAAUGUUGUCUCCCUUAGUCUUGAGUUUGCCAUUGCUUUGCAUCUUGACGUGCAUUCCUUCCUUUUAAGAAUGAAUUAAAUUGUUUAUUUGACCUCUCCUUAAGUUUCUGGUGUAUCUCAAAUUGGUCUGUCUUUUCAGAUCUAAUGAUGGCCUUCUCCACAUGUCUUUAAAACGCAUUUUGAAAGAUGCCAUGAACAGCUACCAAAUAUUGGAAAUAGAAAUGAUGUAACAAAUGGAGUCUUUUUCUUUGUCAGUAUGUAUAAGGAAAUUGGCUGUUUUCUUCUUCAAUAAAUGGUUUGCACACUUCUGUCA